CUUUAUUAUAAAAAAAAUUGGUGAAGUGAAAACAAGAUUUCAAUAACAAUGGCGUGCGUGAAGAUUGUAUCGCUCGUGCUGGUGAUAGUGGCUUGCGCCAGUGCUAAACCCAAACCUUUGGAUAGUUCAGAACACAUUGAGUCAAUGAACACGUUUUAUAAAGUGCAUAACGUGCAGAAGAGGUUCAUCAACCCGUCGUUGACAUCUGGCAGCUUCGACGACGGUGGAUACGCCAAGAUGAGGACCAAACGAAGUGAGAAGGACUGUGAGAAGCUAGCGCUGUGCAAGUUACACGCGCGCUCCGGACGUAGCUUCUUCGCCACGUACGCACUCUACUUCGUCAACAAAGAGAAUGCAAAGCUAUGGGACCACCAGCCACGCACCCUCGCGGACUGCGAGCGGCGGUACAGAUGUUACGAUAGAUAAACGGUGCGCGCGCGCGCCCUCUAACGCAGGUUGCUGUUUUCGAACUGAGAUAUAAGAAAGCAUAUUGGAAGACGUCUCGCUUAUAUAGUAUUAUAGCUUUUAAGAAAUGCUCGUUCAAGUCCAAGAUACGUUCGUUUUUCUAUACAUGGCACAAAUAGUAAAUAAUCUUGGCAUCUCUUUAUCAAAUAUACAAAAAAAAUAUGCCAUUUCUAUUUAAUUAUUUAUUAUGCAACUUAGAAUUGCAAACAAGCUGACGGCCCACCUGAUGAAAAGUGAUAACCGUCGUCUAUAGACAUGAGCGGUACCAUGGGCAUAACAGAGUAUACAAUCAUAGUCGUAGAAUACUGACGGAUCUAUAUAUGUAUUGUUUGUCAGAUCCCUCAGUAUUUUUUUUUAUAUACAACUUAGAAUGGCAAACAAGCUGAUGGUCCACCUGAUGGAAAGUGGUAACCGUCGCCUAUAGACAUGAGCAGUACCAUUAUAUACCUAUACCCCCCAUGCGUUGCCAUUCCUGAGGACUCAGAUGUUAUUCCUCUGUACCCUGUAAAUUCACGCCAUAUCCCACCCUUCAAACCGAAACACAGCCAUGCAGACACAGCUGCUUCACGGUUGAAACACAAAUGGGACAGGGGUACCCAAGCAAUCGACUUUUGUACGACUAUGACGACAUGUUCAAGAAUAUUUAUUUUUUUAUAUAAUUAAACAACAAUAAACAACAUACCAUUUUAUUCUCACCCUUAAAUAAGACAGAAAUAAAUCACACAUCUCCACAUAAUGUAAAUGCAAUUCAUAAAUAAAAAACAACAAAACAUCUAUGUAAUAAAUUAAUCGAUCCACUUAUGUACCGCAACUUUAUAUAAUAAAAAAAAAUCAUUGGAAAUAAAUUGUAAAAUAAAUUACUAUUUGAUGUAUAUUUUUUAAAUAAAUUAUAUUUUAUUAUGAGGGUAUUUAAAAAUAAUAUUGUAUAUAAUUAACAAUAGUUUAAUUCAUUACUUCACCUGGGAAUUAGGAAUAUGUAUUAAAAAAACAAAUACCUACAUAAUAAUUAAUUCACUCUUGCGCCACCUGCCCACUUCUAUCAACUCCUUUACCCAAAGGUCGUCUGUAAGAGAUUGCCCUAGCGAUAAGACCGCCUUUUGUACUUUUAUGUGUAUAUUUCAAUCUGUAUUUAUGUUACUGUAUUUCACUUGAAUUAUUCACUUGUCAUUGUAUAUUUUUAUUUAUGGUGCAAUAAAAAGUUAAAUAAAUAAAUAAUUCACAUUUAUAGAUAUUUUAUGACCUGAAUAAAAUUCAUUACAAUUUAUGUACUUACUUGAAUUGUUCAAUUUAAUUUAAUCUAGUGACUUUUUUAAUAAUUAAAUAGCAUUUCAUAAUUCAUAAUUAUACUAAUAAAUUUAUUUAAAACAGAAUAAAUUAUUUUCAGUAUAAUCACAAUUAUAAAAAAAAAAAACUUCAUAACAUUACACUUGAAUGCUAUUUAUUUUUAUGUAAAAAAGAAAUUUGUUCAAAUUUAUUAAAAUAUUAUUAUUGUUUGAUUAAAUGACUGUUUUUUUAA